AAAUACCGACCAACACCGACUGUACCGUGCUCCAGUAGCAAGUGUCACAGAGUGCCAAAGAGAGAUCUAUACAUUCAGCUCCUUCUCUACUCAACGUAACUUAGUCCCGGUUUAAUUCUCUUUUGACAUUUAACGUUGCGUUUGACGUUUAUCCACGCUUAUCUAACAAUGUAUGUACAAAAAAUGAGUACUUACGGGUGCCAAAUCGAAAAGCUUCAUUCUCGUUGUUAGUAAGAGAUAUCCUCGCUAGGAUUUAUUAACAAAAACAUUAGGAUAUACAAUAUACAAUGGAAGGUGAAAAUUUGAAAGUGGUGUAAUAAACGAGAGAUUACGAUAAUUUCUAAAGAAAUAGCUAGUCUUAAAUGUCGAGAUAUAUACGCGGGCGGUAUAAGCCAUGCUCCUUUCCAAUAUAAUUCUGAUGGUGUGAACAAAUGUGAAUAUUUUAUGAAGCGACGAUUACGAAGAAGAGAGGAUCAGUAUAACGUUAAAUGUAUGUGAAGCUGCGUCGAAUUUAAAAUGCCAAGCUCGUAUUUAUAUGCCAUUAAUAAUGAAGGACGUGUGUUUGGAUUGUCAACGUCCGGGAAUAUGUGGCGUGAAUUUAUGUACCUUGGACUUGAAUUUAAACAAUUGUCAGCUGUACCACAUUUUAUGUGGGCCAUUGGUGGCGAUCGACAAGUUUAUGUUCACGUUCACGGCCUAGAUGUACCGAUUAGGAUUAAGGAGGAAAUAUAUGAAAAUGAGCGAUGGUUGCCUUUGGAGGGAUUUUCCGGAAGAUUACUUCCAACCGAUAGAUAUAAUUUUUCCAAUCAAGAUGGUACAGUCGAUCGUAGUAGAGAUAAAGUAAAGUUGCCAUCGAUGGCGUGGCAAUGGGAAGGUGAUUGGCAAAUAGAAACUACAUUAGAUGGUCAACCACUAGAUCAUGAUGGAUGGACAUACGCAAUUGAUUUUCCAGCUACGUAUACCACAAAGAAGCAGUGGAAGUCUUGCGUAAGAAGACGCAAAUGGGUGCGUUAUCGAAGAUACAGUGCUAUGAAUUCAUGGUGCGCUAUCGCACCUCUACACAAAGAUCCAACCAAGGAACCCUUUAUUGAUGUAGCUGUGGGUGGAAAUCAAAUGCCUGGAAGUACUUCUGGUGGUUUAGUAGUCUGGGCAGUAACAGCUCAUGGAAGGGUCAUGUUCCGCGUUGGAACAAGUACAACCUGUCCCGAAGGACAAAGAUGGAGCUCCAUUAAGUUGGGAAAUGGCUAUGAAGUAUGUCAAAUUAGUGUCGGGGCGACUGGUCUUGUUUGGGCUGUGCUUAUGGUAGGCAAAGCAUUAGUUCGUACGGGCGUAACAAGAGACAAUCCAAUGGGUGAAGAUUGGUCAGAGGUGGAACCACCGCAAAAAGAUUUGAGAUUGAUACAAGUUAGCGUCGGUACUGAUGCUGUAUGGGCUGUAACACAUGAUGGUGGAGUGUGGUUUCGAAAGGGCAUUCAAGGCGAAAUAAGCGGUGUUUGUGAACAAUUGGCUACUGGAACCGGUUGGGUUGAAAUGUUGAGCAAAAUGGCACUUGUAUCCGUUGCUCCAAAUGACCAAGUAUGGGCUAUUGGUUGUGACGAUCGAUGCUUGUAUUAUCGUACUGGUAUCACACGUUCCGAAUUAACUGGGAAACGAUGGAAAUUAAUAAACGCGCCGCUACAAUUGAGUAGAGCAAGUAGCAAUGCUAGUUUGUCAUCCAGCAACAGGCAUAGUACAUGCGGCACUCCACAACAACAACGUCAUCAGAGUUGGAGUUCAUUGAAUCGCCCUCACAGCACUGGUGAAGGUACUAUGUUAAUCAGAGAAUGGGAAGAGCAAUCGCGUUCGGCACCAACACCCACAUCUCUGAAAUUGUGGCAACGUACUGGUGACGGCGUAUCCGCAAAGAAUAUUCAACAAACAUCUUUCCAAGAUAUAUACCUAAAUGAAGAGAAAAAGAAAUCUGCAAAUUCUAUGGACACGAGCGAUCUGAACGAAGCGAGUGUUGCAAGUAUAACCAUAUCUAACGAAUCUUUAGCGAAAAGUGGUGAAUCGAUCGUCGUCUCGGGAAAAGGGAUGGGCAGUACUGUCAAGAUUAAUCCUGCUGCUUGGAGUCCUGUUCAUUCCGUCGGUUCCAUGGUAGGCGUUGAAGCACAUCCAGAAACAGAUGGAAGUGUAUUUGAUCCAGAUUUGACUGGAGACUCUGGAGUAUACGGCGAAGAUGAAAGCGCGGGGAUAAUAUAUUGGGCUGAGUGCGAUGUGAUGUGGUACAAAGUAGAAGCUGGGGCAUGUUUUGUUGAUCCAACAAAUCCGCCAAAAUGGAUUACCGAUGGCAACGGUACAACACAAGGGGAAUUAGGAGAAUUAUGGAGAAUAAACAUCUUAGAUGAAUUAAAAGCGAGAUUAAAGAAAAUGCCAUUUGAUUCUUCAAUAACAUAUGAGAAAGCAAUUGAAAAAUCAUCUUGGGUAAAGAACGGCGAUGCUAAAUGUAAAAUUAAAAAUGGCAGCUUGUAUGAAGAUUGUAAGAUUGAAUUAGAAUGGAUAAGUAGCGAUAUUGGAUCGUUAGAUUCCGGAACCUUAAUAAUAUUAAAUUCAGACGGUAUAACAAGCAUAAUACAAUUUCCUGUCUCGGAGAUCACAUGUGUUGUUUGCUGUAGUGAGCCAGGUAAUCCAAGAAUAGCGAUACAUACUCCUAAAUUAAAUCGUACAAAAGUAAUUAGAUUACAAUUCGCAAGUGAUACGGAGAUGGAAGACUGGUUGGCGCAUUUAACUUCAGUAUCUUGCCAGAUAAAUAAUGUAUAUGGUAGACCUGGUCCGAACUCCAUUUGGACCACAACUGCGUUAGGUGAUGUUUAUGUAUUUGAUCCUGCGAUUGCAGAGGAAUGCCAAUUAUCCGAAGACGGAUACGUACAAGAAAUCGAUGUUGCUGGUAAAGAUCUACCGUUUGAAAGCAUAUUACAAAAUGGUUUCGGAUACGGUAGUACUUUAAAAAUUACAGUAUGCGUUCACGAUGACGCUGACAGAUUGUCUUUUAAUCUCGUCUGUUAUACUACGACAUUCGUGAAACAAAAAACUGUGACAGACAGUCAUGACGUCGCUUUGCAUUUUAAUCCAAGACUCAAAGAAAAUAUUAUUGUACGGAAUACAUAUCAGAAUGGUCAAUGGGGAGAUGAGGAAAGAAAUGGAGGUAGUCCAUUGAAAGCAGGCUGUGAUUUCACAUUAUAUAUUGUUUGCGAAGAAUGCGGUUAUAGAAUUCGUAUUAACGAUAACGAAUAUACUUUUUAUAGUCACCGAUUACCUCCGACCACUAUUACGCAUUUACGUAUCAAGGGAUUGUUGACUUUGUGUAAUAUUACAUAUAAAUCUACUUCCAUAAUUGUUGAACCUAGCACAAUGUUUUGGAGACAAAUUGGUGGGCAUUUAAAGAAAGUUGAGACAUGUUCUGUAGGUGUCACUUGGGGUAUCGGCUACAAUAAUACCGCUUGGGUAUAUACAGGUGGUUGGGGAGGUGCAUUUCUCAAAGGCCUGGGAACUAGUAAUACUGGAAUAAAUACGAUGGUGGAUACGCAAAAUUAUUAUGUGUAUGAAAAUCAACGUUGGAAUCCCGUAACUGGAUAUACCGCGCAUGGACUUCCAACGGAUCGUUACAUGUGGAGCGACGCAACUGGACGACAUAAAUGUACGCGAGAGCAUACAAAAUUAUUGUCUAUGCAUUGGCAUUGGGUGUCAGAUUGGAUCGUCGAUUUUCACACACCCGGUGGUGUUGAUAGAGAUGGAUGGCAAUACGCUACUGAUUUCCCGUCGCAAUAUCACGGCAAGAAACAAUUUACCGAUUAUGUUCGAAGAAGGCGAUGGUUUAGACGAUGUCAACUAACAACUAGUGGACCUUGGCAAGAAUUGGGAAAUACCAAACUCGUUCAUGUCUCUUUAUAUGCAACUGGAGAACCUGGCACAGAUAGUCCUAUUCACGUUUGGGCAGUUGCUGCAAAUGGUGAGGCUUUAUUCAGACGAGGUGUUUCAGAAUCUUGUCCAAUGGGAGUAUCGUGGGAGCAUAUACCGAGUGAUCAGCCCCUAAUUAGUAUAUCGUGUGGUCCGUGUGGACAAGUUUGGGCUGUUGGAAAGAAUGGCUCGUCCUGUUGGAGACUAGGCAUUAGUGCUACAAAACCAACUGGUAUACAAUGGCAAAAUGUCGAACCACCUUCAAGUGCUCAGUUGAAACAAAUUUCGGUAGGGCACGAUGUGGUAUGGGCCUUAGAUACAAUGGGUCGAUUGUCAGUGCGUCGAGAAGUACAAUCCAAUGUUUUUCCCGAAGGAACUCAUUGGCAGACAUUACCUGCUAUGCCAAACGAUCCUAUUCAUAUAGAUAUGUCAGUAGUAAACGCUAAGCAAGGAUUUCGACAUGUAUCUGUUUCGAGGGAGCAAGGACAAGUUUGGGCAAUUUCGGGAGCCGGUAUUAUUUGUAGAAGAAUCGGUGUUACUUGUGAAAAUCCAGCUGGAACAGGAUGGGUAACCGGUAUAGGGGCAAACUGGCAAAAUAUAAGUCUUGGAGGACUUAUAAAUAAAACAAAAUAAUCUUUAUUUCAAUCACAUUAAAAUGGUAAUAUAAAACAAUUAACAAUUUUGUGAUUGCCUUGUAAAGUAUAUUAUUAUGUAUGUAUAAAUACAAGUAUGUAUGCUAAUACCAUCGCUAAUUUGUAGUCAAUAACCGUAAAAUAUGUAGGAUGAAUUAAUCAAUGCUAUCGCACAUUGGAAAUUUCUUCCUGAAUAUAAUGAGGCUA